AAUUAUAACCAAACUCGAAGCGAUCUUGUACAAUCAGGUGUUUUAUAUCGGGUUGAAUUGCCAGUUAGUCAGGAUGGAUUACGAAGACCUCUUCCCUGAUAUUUCGCCCAUGGACGAAAUUUUGGAAAGGGAUUUUACCAGCAACGUUUGCAGUUCCAACUGGUCGCAGAGCCAUAGUUUGGGAGACCUUGUCAGCGAUGAUAUGGAGAAUUUAUUUUUGCAAACGAGACUGAAUCUAGACGGGUUCGACUCUGCGUCCACCAUUAACAGCGAGCCUUCAAGUCCGCAGAAUUUUCAAGACUACAGCGAACUUUUAACUGACGAUGAUCUAAUGAAGUUGUCAAUACGAGAUCUCAACCGACGGCUGAAAAAACUACCCAAAGCUGAGGCUCACAAGAUCAGAAAGCGAAGAAGGAGUUUGAAAAACCGAGGCUAUGCCACGAGUUGUCGACAGAGGCGAACAGCAUUAAAGGAAAGCCUCGAAAUACAAAACCAACGCUUGAAAGCACAACUGCGCGAGGCAAAAGAAAGCCUUUGCACUGCAGUCAAGGACAGAGACAUGUACAAGACGAAAUUUGAACAACUAAACAAGGUUUUUAGUGCGUACACGCAAACAGCAUCAUCCUGAGGAAACAAUAUUUGAAACUGUGAAUGUUAAACUUCACUCAGUUGAUUUGGGUUGAUGCAGGCUGAAAGACUGAGCAUGAAUGGCCAAGCUCCAGCUAGCAAAGUGGCAGUGAAUUCAAAUGUUACUCAGAGGCCAGAAUGACUGUUCAUUUAUAAUUUCACUGUUCAGGUAAUUGAAAACGAUUUGCCCUUUUACACUACAAUUAUACACAUUUGAGUCUUGUAUUUCAUGACCGAGGGAGGUAAAUACCUUGAUCAUGGUCGCCUUGUAUAUGUAUGUACAACUUGCAUAUAUUCUUCACAUAAUUAAGUUGUUUACGCCAGCCGAAACUCGCUGUGUAGUUUACAAUAGUCAAGAACAGAGACAUGUGUAAGAAAUGUUUUCAAUUUGUCAAUCCAGAUUUCUGUAUAAAUCUGUAUCGAUCGGCACAGUCCAUCUUAGCCAGUCGUGGAAUUAUUUUUCUGUAAAAUAUUUUCUACAGCGCCAGGAGAGUGUUCCCAAUUUCCCUGAGUCAGUUACAUGAAGUCCUGCGACAUAAUAAUCGAUGUUUUUCUGCAUUCAUGUAAUCGAUGGUUUUCACGAAAAUGUUAUUUAUAGGUUUUGUCUCUGUCAAAGUGAGUUUAUAUGCAGGGCAACUCGACUGUCAAAGUUAUUUAAAUUAAUUGUUAUUACAUCUAUGAGCAAAAUUGUACAAAAUAUCACGCCAAAGAAAUAGAAAUAUGUGUAUUGAAAUUACAAUCUGGAAAA